GUUUUUGCUUUAGUUGAGAGAAAAUCGUCGCUUAGUUAACGUCGCCCAAGAACUGAACAACUGGCAGUGCACCACAAAAAUCGCCACGAAUAUACGAAACCGAUCCAAGUCCAAAUCAAAAACUUAAAACCAAAUCGAAACCGAAUCGAAUCGAAACCCAGCUAAAGCCACCUGAUCGGAAACAAAUCGUCAGCGCUAAAAGAAGAUGGCCCAACCACAGCUGCUGCAAGUCAAAUUGUCACGUUUCGAUGCCCAGCCCUGGGGAUUCCGCCUUCAGGGGGGCACGGACUUUGCCCAGCCCCUGCUAGUGCAAAAGGUGAACGCCGGCAGCUUGUCCGAGCAGGCUGGCCUCCAGCCCGGCGAUGCGGUGGUCAAGAUCAACGACGUGGAUGUCUUCAAUCUACGGCACAAGGACGCCCAGGACAUUGUGGUGCGCUCCGGCAACAACUUUGUCAUCACAGUGCAGCGUGGCGGCUCCACCUGGAGGCCCCAUGUGACGCCCACGGGCAAUGUGCCGCAGCCAAACUCGCCGUAUCUGCAGACGGUGACGAAGACCUCUCUGGCUCACAAACAACAGGACAGCCAGCACAUCGGCUGUGGUUACAACAACGCGGCCCGUCCCUUCUCCAACGGCGGCGAUGGAGGCGUGAAGAGCAUUGUCAAUAAACAAUACAACACCCCGGUUGGCAUUUACAGCGAUGAAUCUAUUGCGGAAACACUCUCGGCCCAGGCGGAGGUUUUGGCUGGCGGUGUGCUCGGCGUCAACUUCAAGAAGAACGAGAAGGAAUACCAGGGCGAUCGCUCCGAGGUUCUGAAGUUCCUGCGCGAGGAGGAGACCGGCCAGUCCACUCCAGCAUUCGGCAACAGCCACUACGAGCAUGAUGCACCACAGCAACAGCAACAGCCCCAACAACAGCAAUACAACCAACAACAACAUCAACAGCAACACUAUCACCAGCAACACCAUCAGCAACAACAACAACAACAGCUAUCGAGCACCACUCGCCAUGUCAGCGCCCCCGUGAACUCCCCCAAGCCCCCGAGCACCGGCGGACUCCCAACUGGCCAGAACAUUUGCACCGAAUGCGAGCGCCUCAUUACUGGCGUCUUCGUGCGCAUCAAGGACAAGAAUCUACACGUGGAGUGCUUCAAGUGUGCGACCUGCGGCACUUCGCUGAAGAACCAGGGCUACUACAACUUCAACAACAAGCUCUACUGCGACAUCCACGCCAAGCAGGCCGCCAUCAAUAAUCCUCCCUCCGGCACCGAGGGUUACGUUCCCGUCCCCAUCAAGCCCAACACCAAGUUGAGUGCCUCCACCAUCUCGACAGCCUUGAACUCGCACGGAUACGGUGGCUCUAACUCGAACGGCUACUCCAAUGGAAACUCCGCCCCGGCACCGCCUGAGUCUGAGAGCAGCCAGGAGUUGCCUUUGCCACCGCCCCCCUCGCCCACCCAGCUGCUGCAGUACGAGGCGGAGCAGCAGCAACAGCAGCAACUCAACCCGGAGCAACACCUGCCCUCCACCCAGCAGCAACAGCAACACACGCGCACCCACAGCAGCCUGUCAUCCAUUUCCAGUGGCUCCUCCUCCUCCGGAGUUGGCGGCAGCGGCAGUGGGAGUGGCAGUGGCAGUGGCGUGGGCCAGAGCCAGCAGAGCUACUCCUCCACGCUGUCGCUGGACCGCUUCGGUUCGCCCCAGCACUCGCGGCAGACAUCCGCCUCCUCCACGUCGCUGGAGGUGGCUGCUGUUGUCGCAUCCCCCGCUGGUCAGGCUGAUAAUUACACCAUGGCGACCCCGCCCUCUCCGCCGCCGCCGCCUCCUCCGCAGGCUCAGGUCGUGACGAAUUACAGGCUGCAGGCGCAGAACGAGAACGACAUGAAUACGCAGAACAAGAGCAGCCCGAAUGCGUACAACCAGCUGCUGAAAGAGUACUCCAACAAGCUGCAGCAGCAACAGCAACACACCAGCAACACGACACAGAGACACAACAACAACACGGCCAAGCCAUUUACAGGGGCAACAACAACACCACCACAGCAACACCUGCCACACCUGCAACACCAACAACCCCAACACCAACAACAACAACAGCCGCUUGUGGCAGCCCUAACGGCGACCCUUGCUAAUCAAUUGAAAUUUAACCCACAUCAGGUUGCAAGCCCCCAAGCAACAGCAUUACAAGCAGCUACACCCAUAGUGGCAACUGCAACAGAUAGCCCAGCUGCAACAGCAACAUCAGACAAUAUGUCGGCCUACGUGGCGGAUGAGCCGUCUUCGAUUUAUGGCCAGAUUAACACCAACUCGGGUGCUGUAGCCCCACCCCCUCAACAACAACAACAACAACCCACCGCCGGUGGGGGCGAUCAGCCCUUCGAGUACGUCACGCUCACCGGCAACGUCAUCCGCAGCGUGCAGGCCCCCGGAAAGGGGACGGGCACCAGCUACAAGGUGAACCAGGGCUAUGCCCGUCCCUUCGGUGCCGCCGCUCCCAAGUCGCCGGUGGCCUCGUAUCCGCCGCAGCAGCAGCAGCAGUCUCCGCGUCCCGCUCCCGGCGGCAACAACAACUUCAACAACAACAACGCGUACGCCACUUUGCCCCGCAGCAAUGUCGGCCAACAAGUUCCCACAGGAGUUGCCACCGCUGCCAAGGUCACUAAUCCGCAUGCUAAUCCUCAAACUUAUGCUACCUUGCCACGCCCCCAUCCUCAGGCAACUGACUUAGCCGCCCACGAAAUGGAUAAGGAGCCUCAUCAGGAAUCGGAUGCCACUUCCUUGCUGGCCGAAUCCGUUGGAAAGAUUGAUAUGGGUGACAAAACCCAUGCCUUCAUGCAGGAAGCUGGCAAAAUCAUCAACAAUAUGUUGGAGGCACGAUUGGCCAAUAAUGGUGGACCGAGUGCUCCACUUUCCCAUGCCGGAAGCUCUUUGAGUCUGCGCAGCAACAGUAGCUCCAAUCUCUCAAAGAGUCCGAUGAUAGUGCGCAAACGUCUCGAUCUCGAUGAUUUCAAGAACUUGGAUCCCACCCAACCGGUGGCUUUGCAGCCUGUUGUAGCCGUACAUUCCCAGAAGGAUCUGCCUGCAGAGGUGGGAAACCAAAGGGCACAACCGCAGGUUCCCCGGGUGGAGCAGACCCUGCAAAUGGAACUCCCUGCCCAACAUCCCAUGGGCAAGAUACUGGAUCUCUGCGAUGGCGGCAAGGCCAUCGAUGCACCCGAACCGGUGGCAUUUAGGAACAAUCUGAGACGCACAGGAGCCACCCAUGCGGCUGAUCGGAGGUCCUACAUAGAACCCAAGCAGGGACCAUCCGUAGCUGCCAGUCAGAAUGCUAAUCAGAAUGCAGAUCAGAAUGGAAAUGGCACCCAGAAUAGCUCACCCACCUACAGUGUGUCCGUAAAGGCCCUGGGUCCUCAUAGUGAGGAUCAGAAAACCAUGUCGGAGGAGAACGAAAGGGCCGUGAGUCAGUUGCUCAAGGAGGGUAAGCGUCCCGUGUGCUGUCAGUGCAAUAAAGAGAUCACCUCAGGACCCUUCAUCACGGCUCUUGGCCGCAUUUGGUGCCCGGAUCACUUCAUCUGCGUGAACGGCAACUGCCGUCGUCCGCUGCAGGACAUUGGAUUCGUUGAGGAGAAGGGCGAUCUGUACUGCGAGUACUGCUUCGAGAAGUACCUGGCGCCCACCUGCAGCAAGUGCGCUGGCAAGAUCAAGGGUGAUUGCUUGAAUGCCAUUGGCAAGCACUUCCAUCCGGAGUGCUUCACCUGCGGCCAGUGCGGCAAGAUCUUUGGCAACAGGCCCUUCUUCCUGGAGGAUGGAAAUGCCUACUGCGAGGCCGAUUGGAACGAGCUGUUCACCACCAAGUGCUUCGCCUGCGGCUUCCCCGUGGAAGCUGGCGACCGAUGGGUGGAGGCCCUGAACCACAACUACCAUAGCCAAUGCUUCAACUGCACGUUCUGCAAACAGAACCUGGAGGGUCAGAGCUUCUACAACAAAGGCGGACGUCCCUUCUGCAAGAAUCACGCGCGCUAAGUCGCCGACCAUAUGAUUUUGUUCGACUUCAGGGAUCACGCACACUAACCAACAACAACAACAAAAACUAUCUACACAAUCCUCGGAUUACUUGGAUAUCUAAAGCUUAUUAUUGCAAUUGUCAGAGUGAAUAAUGCGUAACAAUUAUUAUUUCAAUUUGUUUUUGAAUUGUGCACACAAAUGUUAUCCUAAUUUUAAAUGAUGAAAACGAAUCACUCUAAAUCAAAACCGUAGCUGCAAACGACACGAAAUCGAAUUAGCUAGCAAAUUAUAUAUGAUGCCCAACACAACACACCGCAACACAACUAUUAUUUAUUCAAACAUCGUAUCAUAACCGAACUACCGAUCCCACACGCUAAUUAUAUAUAUAUAAAUAUAUAUAUGUAUACUGUGGCCAGCGUUAAUUUACUUAGUUGAGCCUGGAAACUGUUGAUCAACCGGGAACCAAAAGCUUACAAAUCGCGCGAGAGGAUUUCCCCAAAUCGAUUGGCGACGCAUCGGAAUCGAAAAAGUCAAACGAGGUUGCUUCAGCAGGCAGUUGCUUAUUUUAUUUAUAAAUUGUAUGUUGUAAAUUAUCCAUAAUUCGAUUGUAAAUUGUAAAUGAUCAGCAAGUGAAUAAAUUUCGAAAUCUUUUUCGCGUUUAA